AUGCAGUACACAGCACAGCCUGCAGCUCCCCAUGCUCGGGCGUCGCGCCUUCCAGAGAGAGUAGAAGCAAGCGGAGAGAAACAAAUGCAAGCGAUCAAGGAAGAAAAGCAAGGACAGAAUGAACUCAACGGUGGAGUCGAAGAAUGCACUUCCCUGCAGGCCGCCGAGCACCACAUGAAAUCUGCAGGUUCAUCAGACUUUUCAGAUUCCCCCCGAUGCGGAGCCUCUCAGACGGCCGGGGGCCCCUCCCCACCCCCUGCCACUUCAGCGCAGUUUGUUACUCCCGUCAGCACUCCGAGAUCUUUCAGGGGGCUUCCGCCUGCCACAAUGCCUCCAAGAGGGUCUUAUUUUGAGGGCUGUGUCAGCACAAGAGUGAAUCAAGGGGAAGCAGGCCGGCGGGUAGAUGGUCCAAUGCCUUGUACCCCGCUAGAUCGAUCACGCCGUUUGCUCAUGACGACAAACAAAAGGGGAACGCCGAUACCAAGGAAAAAAGAAAACAGACAUGACGGAGGGGGGGGUUCCGAAACGUGGGAUGCUCCAGGAUUGCUUGGCUUUUUUCGGGAAGAACUGAUGCUUCUGCAGGAGAGGCUCGAAGGCUGCUUCUCAGCCCUUCGCUCGGGGGCACUUUCGCUCGCCUCUUUUUCAAAGUGGGCAAUCCUCUUCUUCUUCGUGGCCUUGCUGGUGCUUGGCUGCACCCUCGUGUGUUUUUCGAUCGUCGGUGCAUUCAGCUACUAUUUGCUUUCCGUCUCUUCCACGCCACCCCCGCUUCACCAGUUCCCCGUGUUUUUUGAUUUCUUCCCGCGAAUCACUGCCGCGCUUUCACAGGCGCACAGGGGCACUGUAGGGGCCUCCCCCCCCCAUGGGGGGGGGGCCCUCGACGUAGAAGUAGGGCCUGUGGGUAGCAUCUCCCCAUUUGAGGGGGGCAGCUUUCGGCAGCCGCCGCAAGGGCAGUCAGAGUCAGCACUGCCCCCCCCUGCAACAGCUUCAAGUGUUCAGCAUGCGUAUCGUGAGCUCUUUGGACUCUCAGGGCAUUCUCUCGCCUCGCUGGAGGAGCCCGUGGCUUUUGCUACUGUGCCGUUCAGCAAUCGCUCAUGGGAGUUGCUACCCGGUGACGAGGCGAUGUUCGCUGCUCCUGCGCCCCUCAUUUCUUCCCACUGGCCCUCACAACAGCAACAACACAUGCAAGACUUGCAGCAAAUGCAGCCGAUGCAACAGCUGGAGGAAGAGACAAAGCUACCGGAGUUCACCGUAGAUCUCAUUCUGUCGCUCUCCGUGUCUGGGGCCCUCAACAAUAGCAGCUCUCAUCGACAUCGUAAUGUCUCUCCCCUUAUGCUGUCUUUGUUGGCCUUUUCUCAUAGGAACUCUCUCGUGGCUCGCAGUACACGACCCGUCCAGUUCUCGCCAUGCCCCUUCGUAUUUUCCCUCCUAGUCCCCGCCGUAUGUAGUCAAGAAACGAAACAAGUCAUUCCCAUGAUCGAGGGGCUGCCCCUUCCCCUAGUUUCGCAACUCAAGUUCGCCCGGAUCUACCUAUACCCCCCAAUUUCUGCGGGGGAGGCUUCGCUGAUCGUACAGCCGAAGCCGGAAGGCAUCAGGCUUUUCCUUGUACAACACCCCUAUCUUGCGUAUCUCCUGCUCACGCUCUUCCUCCUCGCGGCGGCUGGAGCCACGGUUUGCUGCUGCUGCUGCUGCUGCUGUGGGUACCUCCUUACCGUCGCAGGGGCCCCUAACACGCUGCACCCCGCCGACGAAGUGGGGAGAACCUCUGCCCAGCAGGAGGCGCUUUUAGCUUGCGAAGAGGCUCUUCCGCCUCAGGAAGAGAAGGCUGCUCUAGAGCAGCCACCCACUGCGGAGGGCCUGUAUGAGGGGUGGAUACUGAGGGAGCCUGAUUUCAGCAGCUUUGGAAACGGUGGGCAGCAGAAUCUCGUAGGACAGUGCAAGAACGAGGCUUCCUCCUCCCCAGAAGCCCCUACUUUGAGACUGCGGGCUGUUGGGAGGCGUCGAUCCACCACAGCCUCCUAG